UUGCUUUACAAAAUACUUCUUGGUUGCCAUGGCGAUGCAUUUAGGAUCAUUGCUGGAAGAUCCAGCCAUGUUUCCUCCUCAGUGUUCUCACUGAAGGUAGGAGUCUUAUGACCAAAAUCAGCUCCAUCCAUUUAUCCUUUCCUUCAUACAGACCAGUUGUCCUGUCUCCUUUGCACAAAAGCAGCCCCAAACCAUGAUGUUUCCACCCCCAUGCUUCACAGUGGGUCUGGUGUUCUUCCUCUCCUAAACACAGUGAGUGGCGUUCGUACCAAGAAGUUCUCAUUGAUCCCAUUUGAUCACACGGCCUUCUCCCAACCCUCAUCUGGAUCAUCCAUGGUCUGUGCAGAACUGUAGACGGUCCUGGACGUGUUCUGGUUCAGGCAGGAUGAACCUGUGGAGCUCUGCAGGAUUUGGGUCCGUGACGUUGUGAGUUCCCGUAGCGGCCUUUGUUUCUGUGGUUCCAGCUCUCUUCAGGACCAGUUCCCCCGUGUAGUUCUGGGCUCUAACAUGCAGAUGCAGGUGGAGGGAGGUUGUCCCUGCUCCUCUAAGAAUCGCUCCAACGGUGGAUCUCUUCUCUCCAAACUGCUGUUUAUAGUAGAUGGGUUCAUCCCAGUCUGGUUCAGGUCUACAGUCCCUGGUGUCCUCAGACAGCUCUUUGGUCUGUUUAGAGCAGCAGUUAUGAUGAACAGCAGGACUAUAAUAUUCUGUUUCUUAUGUUCUCUUAUUUUCCAGCAGAGAUCAAGCUCCAGUCCUGCAAGCGUUCAAACUACAUUUGACAUGACUGAUCAUUUUCCAUAGACUAGUAUUGAUCAUUUUCCAUAGACUAUGAUCGAUCAUUUUCCAUAGACUUAGCAUUUCAUUUUGUUUCUGUUACAACCCCCCACCCCCAAGAUCCCUGUCCUCCUGCGGAACUUUCGUGGGUCAGAAUCCUUCUUGUCUCGGUUUAUCAACCUUCUGCAGAUGUUGGGUUUCAUCCUGGCUCCGGUUCUGACCUCCUGCCCCAGCCGCGGAGGCGUGGGGCCGGCCGGCCGCGCCAGCGGGCGUGUGGAGCCGGGCGGCGCUCGCAUGUGGAUGCGCAGCCAGCUCUGACUGUCCGCCGCGCUGCAGCUGCGCAGACUCUCGGACCGACCGAAGCCAUGGCCAGUAAGUAGUUCAUCUACACUGCAGCAUCUGCGUUGAACGGUUCCCCCCCCGGAGGUGUGAUCUGGAGACCAUGGAGCGCCACGGGACUGCCAGGAGUCCACGGAGCAGUACGCGCGGCUUCCGUCCUCUGCUGGCCGCGUGGCUGCUCGGCUUUCUGCUGGCGGGGAUGCGCCCCGCCGCCGCACCGCCGUCCCGGAGGUUGGAGGAAGAAGCUCACGGCGCCGUGCUGCUCGUCGGGAUACGGCAGGACGCCCGGACGCAGGUCCUUCACCUGUCCAGGAACAAGCGCUACACGCUGACGCCAGAGAAGCUGAAGUGGGACAAGUUCAAGCUGACAUACAAGUUGCUCUCCUUUCCCACAAACCUGAUCAACGCCAGCGACACCCGCAGAGGUCUGGCCAAGGCCUUCGGCAUGUGGAGCGACGUGUCCCCGUUCACCUUCAGGGAGGUGCCGGCCGACCAGGAGGCCGACAUUAAGAUCGGUUUCUACCCCGUCAACCACACAGACUGCCUGCAGUCCUACUUGCACCACUGUUUUGACGGCAUCACCGGGGAGCUGGCGCACGCUUUCUUCCCGCCAACAGGAGAGAUCCACUUUGACGACGAUGAGUACUGGAUAGUUGGAAACAUGCGUUUCAGCUGGAAGCGAGGGGUUUGGCUGACGGACCUGAUCCACGUGGCGACUCAUGAAAUCGGCCACGCCCUCGGGCUCAUGCACUCCAUGAACCCCAAAGCCAUAAUGCACCUGAACGCCACGCUGACGGGACGUAAACUGAUCACGCAGGAUGAGGUGUGGGGCCUGCACCGUCUGUAUGGAUGUUUGGACCGCUUGUUUAUCUGUCCUGCCUGGGCCCGGAAAGGUUACUGCGACAGCAAGCGCAGGCUGAUGCAGCGCCACUGCCCCUCCAGCUGCGACUUCUGCUACGAAUUCCCUUUCCCCACGGCAGCCCCCACCCCAUCUCCCCCCAGGACCAAACACAAGCUGGUGGUGGAGGGAAAGAAGCUCACGUUUCGCUGUGGGAAGAAAAUCGCAUCAAAGAGAGGCAAAGUGCACUGGUUCAAAGAUGGGGAGCUGCUGGAGUACUCCCACCCCAACUACAUCUCGCUGAAGGACGACCACAUCACCAUCGUGGCCAACGCCAUCAACGAGGGCACGUACACGUGCGUGGUGAAGAAAAAGGACAAAGUUCUCACCAGCUACUCGUGGAGGGUGCGUGUUCGCUUCUGAAGCGGCGCUGCGGGACACGUGUUGCUUCUUCCCGUUUUACGCCCACCGUCUCCUUCAUCCAGAGCAUUUUCCCAUCGUUCCCGGUCCGGUACCGACCGGCACCUGACUGGAAAGUCAACUUUUUGCCUUUUAUCUCAGAGCACCACACCUUUUCUGUGGCUCCUCCAGAUGCAACCGUGUCUGAGAUCCCCAUCCUUUAGGGAAGAGAUUCUGAAACUUCACAGACGUCUUUCCAGAGCUUGAUGGCGCCGUCUGCAGCCUGUGGAGGUCCACGGACGCUGUUACUGCCCAAGACGCCGUCGGCGUUCCCUCCAAACUCAGCACGUCAGGGGCAAAAACCAGACAAGGCGUCUUCAUGAAGAUUUCCACGUCUGCAGACGUUUCCUUUGGCUACAAUCAGAAGAUUUCUUGGUUCUGGUUUGAUGCUGUAAUAAAACAUUCAGACCCA